UGGUUUUGGUAUUGUCCUCGUAGUCGUUGGACGGGAAUUUAUCAAAAUAAAAUAUUUAAUUAACAAUCAUUUCUGCAACAAUAAUUAUUUCGAGCGAUAUAUAAAUAUCAUAAAUCAUGUCGGGUCAAGUACUCCAACCUGCGGAUGGUGUUUUUGAAGCCAAGUACAAUACUGAUUGUGAUUUGAAUUCGGUAAUCCUGCCUUAUCGGGAACGUUGCAAGUACACCCUUGGCGACAAGUACACCUCGCGGGAGGCACAAGGCGACUUCGUCUUUGUCAAUAUGCAGCGUGACGAGUGGGAUUGGAAUUUCGCCCUGGAAAUCUUUUGCGGUCUUGACAAAUACUGGGUCAAACCGAUCGAGAGCGGCACGUUUUUCAAAAACGGAGUAAAAUAUGAGGACCAAGUCAAGAUCCAGCUCGACUUUGGGGAUGAAUGAAUCUUCGCCAAACACCGCAACGACUUUUCCGGUGGACUUGCAGUCUUCAUUUUUAAAAAACGGGAAUAUACUACAAAUGUGGAUAAACCUAUCGAGCUGAACCAGCCCAACCGUUUCACAAACGCAGUUUCCAUUAUUUAGCGAAAGGCAGAGUGAGACUCGGAUUCUGGUGGGUAUCCACCACCACGGCUGACUGUCGUUGCCAGUGCCGUAUGGUGGUCCGUCUCACUUCUCACUCUCUUCAAAUUGUUUACCGGGAUUAUGAACCAACUCGUGUUGAGAUGCUUUUCAUCUCUUACACGAGUUGGUUCAGUUGAUAAAAUUCUCCGAAUUUUUAAUAAAAAUAAUUU